AUGGAGAUGCUGGAGCAUCUAUUCGAGGAGUUCGAGCGCUGCUUCGACGAGAUAGACACCAGCAAGCAACUUCUCUCAACAGUGUUGUGCCAGAGCAAUACGUUAUAUUUGCGCCAUGGACUGCUGCAUGACGAGAUCAAGUGCCUGCGCAAGGAUGUCGUAGACCAACUUCUGAUCUAUAAUGAGAUCAAGGAGCAAAUUGAAGAUAUAUGCAAUGCUAUCGAGGCUUUGGAGAUUCAAAAUGAGGCGCUGGAGCGUGCGGUCGCGGAGAAGUCGGAGGCCCUACAGGCGAAAACGCAAUCAUUGAAGGUGGCACGUGAGAAGUAUGACGCCACUGUUGGCGCACUGAGGGAUUCCCAGCGCCGUUGCAACAUAAAGCUGCUGGCGUUACAAGAGGCGGAAGAGGCAGGCUCCAAAGCUCAUGCAGCGUUGUUCACUAUGCUGAGAGCUUUGAGCGAUUUUAAGGAGUCGAAACAGGCUGAGAUAAGUGCCGUGCGUCGGUUAGUAGAAGAGACGACCGCUGAGUUAACAGUGUCCUUGGAGGAGCUGCGCUGCGUGGAGUGUGAGAAGCAGGAAUUGGAACGAGUAAUAAUAGAGCAAAAGUCCGAUUUCGCCGCCCGUUGCGAAGAUUUUGAGAAGUUGAGGUGUUCGGAGUCGUUGUGCCGUACCAGGUUGUCCGAGCUCUCGCGCCAGUUGAUGGAAGCACGCGAUGCCCUCAAACAGCAUUCUACUGUGCUGGCUGAUUUAGAAAGGGAGGAGUCCCUUCUGGUUGAGUUGCGUCAGACGUUGAUGGCCGAAGCCGCUGACCUGCAGCGUGCACUGCAAACGGCGUCGGACCAUUUUUACGAGCUUGAGCAGAAGCUGUCAUCGACUGACGCGGAGUGCAGCUACGUGUCUACUUGUAUAAACGAUACGUCGAAGCUGCGAAGCACGUGGGCGCACCACGUCAUGGCUCUUCGGGAGCGAACGACGCAAUGCGCCAGCCUCCUAAGCAAUAUCGCAAGCACGGCAGCGGAGAUCGAUGAACUCCAGCGCCAGCUGUCAGCUUUGGACGCUGAGAACACCGGUCUGAUGGACGAGAUCUCUACAUGGUCAAACAAGAAUAGUAUGCUGGAGCAGGAGAUCACUCGUGUGCAAUGUGCGCUUCGUUCGUUGGAGGACUCAAGGUCGUCGCUGAAAGAGGCGCUGGAGUCGGAAACGAAUCGGUCUCGCCAGUUGUGCGAAGAAGUCGACGAGUUGAACAAGGGCAUCACUCAAUCCCGCCUGCUGCUGGGCGAUUUGAAAAAGAAGUAUGCGGAGGAACAGCACGAACGUAACGCACGCUUGUCGGAGUUGCGCCAGCGCCACCUGGACGAGUACAAGGAGAAGCAGAGCGUCAAGAUUUGCGACCUAAAAUCGGCUCUGAAGAGCGAAAGGGCGUCUGUGAUUCAGAGCAAGAAAGACAACAUCGCGAAGGCGCUGGAGGAGCGUGCCGCGCAGCUCCGCAACAACGCGGCGGAGCAGGAGCGCUGCCACCAACGGAAGCUGUGUGAAGAAGCACGCAUAAUAUCGCUGCUCCAAGCGGAGUUGCGGAAUCGCGGCUGCCCUAUGUGCGCGCUGCCAGCGGCUACCACGUCUUAA